UUCAGUCGUGUGUGUAAUGUUAUCGAAUGCUCCCGUGGUAAAACAACGAAUAGCAAAGCCCUAUGUGUCAGUUGCUGGCACCUGUUGGCGUCUGGUAUGCUUGAAGCAACUCCCGCUCUAGCACUCUACUUGCACCAUCCCCAUCGUGUCUCAAACCUCGUGGACCAAUCUAUCGUUCGCAGCCGAGCCGCUUGGUGGAUACCAAUCAUCUUUACCAUCGACCACGGAUCGAACAUUACCGCCGUCACGGAGUCCGGUGCCAAUUCCGUGGCCUCAACCCGCAAGCCUUCACAUGAGCCUUCCCCCAAUCCGCCUCGUUCUCAGAACACGGAUCAGCCCUCCCGAGAUCCUGCGGAGCUUGACAUCAUCCACACACUGCUCGCCAAUCCUGCGCUUGCCGAUCCAAUACGGCUCUUUCCCAGCAUGCAAAUACACUACUGGUCGAACGUUCUCAACAUCCUGCGCCGUAAGGUUGGAGCUGAGGUCAUCGUCACGGCCGUCCCUGGUACCGGCUCGAUCGAGUCCCGAGCUGAAGCUCUAGAUCAGCAACUACAGAGGAAAGCUCGGGGUCGGGGUGUGAACUUUCUCGCCCAUUCCAUGGGUGGUUUGGACUGCAGACAUCUCAUUUCGCACAUCAAGCCGACAGAAUACAUCCCUCUGUCGCUCACCAGUGUCAGCACGCCGCAUCGGGGAAGCCCUUCAUGGAUUGGUGCUCGCUUCCCUCCUCUUUGUCUCGCUUUCCUCAACGUCGUUGACUCGCCUGCCUACGCCAAUCUCACUACUUCAUUCUUGAACGAUGUGUUCAACCCUCAGACACCUGACGACACCGCGCGUCAAGUACUUCAACUGGGAAAUCCGUGGCGCGCGAGGAUUAGAACUGAAUGUCGAGAUCCCUGCCUUCGAAGGGCUCGGUUUAUCGAUUGGGGCCGGUUUGCGAGUGCUUGGAAGAAGGAGGAGAAAGCCCAAGCGGCUGCUGCGACGCCUGAAGAAGUCAAGGACAGGGCGGAUAAUGCUCUGAUCAGGAAAUCGACCGAGACUCUAUCAAGCGUGGUGGACUGGCUUGUGACCAAGUUCCUGUUCCGCUGGCGUCGAAGGGCAAGACCAUGGACGAGUCUGAGGACCGAGUUGCUGCCGACGUCGCAAAGCUGCACGGAGAAGUGAAGACUGGGAAAGAGAAGAAGGAGCGCAAGGCGGAACUGGUAACUAAGACUGAUCUUGAGAGAUUUACAUUGCGUUAUCUAGGAAGAUGUACGAUGAGGGACUGUGAAGAGGUAUCUCGUUAUUACUGUAUUAUAGCCAAUGUAAAGAUAAUGUUGUCUUAUACUUACGCAUUAUUAUUCUUGAGGUCAAGUCUCAUCUACUGACUUGAAAAAGAUCAAGUUUUGCACUUAACGGAUCUGUCCCGUGAUUGCGAUCUACUCUUGCUUGUUUCCUCAUACGAACAUGUCCACCUCCGUCAAAGUUGAAUUCAGCGGCGGACUUGAGCUCUUGUUCUCGAACCAGCGCUCGCACAGCCUGAUCGUGCCUUCCCAUGUUUCCAAGACAUACGGCGAAGAAUCUGGAGAGACCAAACCCGUCGACAUCUCUUCUUGAUCUUCCAUCUGCGAGACACCCUCCUUAAAGAACGCGUAGAGCUCUUCGUUGAGAAUGACACAGUACGGCCAGGAAUUCUGGUAUUGGUGAACGAUACAGAUUGGGAGUUAGAGGGAGAGGGCGAUUAUGCGCUCAAAGAUGGCGAUGAGAUCGUUUUCAUCUCGACGUUACAUGGAGGUUGAUGAGGAACUUGGACGACUACUCAAAACAUGUCUUUUUUGGAGAGCCCUCAGACUGGCUGUGGGGUCUGCCUACGCUACAUUUGGAUCUAUAGAGCCCUGCUCUUUGUUAUCGCCAGCUACGUCUGUCUACCCACUUCAAAUAUACGUGGAUCCAAGGGCGUUGACGUUGCCUCCUCCGUCCAAAAGGCCUCAAGAAUCGUCAGGAUGUUGUCUACGAGACGGGACGUCAACUACACUCACUUGUUUGGAGUCCGCUUAUGGGACGCUGCACCAAUUUUUUCAGCUUACUCUCACAGGACAGAAACAGCACGCACCCCGAAUGCGAACCAGUUGUACCGCUCGAUCCAAGGUUGGGCAUCCAAAUAUGUAAGGGCGGCCGCCAAGAAGACGGACAUCUUAAGAAAGAGCUGCUCAGAUAGGCGAUCGGAUUGAACCGAGGACGAAUCUACCUGCGGGAUUGCCGGAGGUACACGCGAAUUCGGUGACCCAGACCGCCUUAUUCGGGAUCUGGGCAUGGACGCUCGCCAGAUAAUUGAUGAAAAUGUAGACGGGCGUACCAGUGGACGACAACGAAGUCUAUGCUGCAUCCGGAACAUGAAGCGACGAAGUUGACGAGCCACGGAAGGCCACUGGGUCCACUCGACACGGCGGGACUUCCAAGACGAACACCCGAGUUUUUCAACGGCUGAAUGUAUGCUUUCCACAUCUGGACUGCUUCUGGCACACCGAUGUUGGACUGGCCGUAUUCGUUGGGUUCAUUGAAGCCCUAACGUUGAUGUCAACCGUGAGGCGACUGACCACAAGCAUGCGCUUACAAGUACCGUCGACGCACCCAACUGCCGGACGGUUUGAAUAAAAAUGCCGCUGUCUUGGUGACCCCAGAGCAUAGGGACGAAUUCGAGAAAUCGAGGAUAUCCUGCCGGUGGGCUCGCUGCCCAAUUGUAGAACCAGCUGCAUCGGCCACCGCUCCCUUUCGGAAGAUCGGCAUCGCUGGACUGGACGAGUGCGAUUCCGCGCUUCGGGUUACUUGCCUGGAUGCAGAGAACAAAGCAUGAGAGGGCAAGCACCAACUUUGAAGGACCCAUCGCGGCUGGAGAAUCCUUAUCUGUAGACGCCUUUUAUGGGCUGCUGUAUGGCCCUGGGUUCCGAGCAUGGCGGUCAUUGAAGCCAACAGCCAAGGUAGCCGCACAAGAGAGCAGCAUUCUAGCCUCGUUGCUAGGCGUACGUAUUCGCGCGGAGGAGGCAGAAUCGGACGAGACUACGUCGCAGACGGAAUGUUUGAAAACUUAGUCACAUCCGUCUGGGCCGUCUUACAAGCAAUCGCAUAGUCCCGAUAAGACAAGAUGAACGUAUAUCGACCAUGGAAGCACAAUUUCAAAAAGUCCGUGACAACAGCUAGCAUGUUACAUACAGAGGGGAUUGGACUGGACGUGAGUAAGACUGACGCACCAGAGCAGACUAUUCCAGCCCAAGAGCCCACGCACUCCCCUGCCUGUGCUCAAGCUCCCGGAUUUCUGCUCUUAGCCUCUGUCUUUCCUGUUGCUCAUUUCCCCCAGUCCCGUACCCCUGGGUCCGCUCCAGAGCCGUCUGCGCGCUGCGAAGCUCAGACGCAAGCCAGGCCUGACGCUCGGUAGGACUCGACCCUGGCCCAGGCUCUUGUCGGCCGCUGCCUGACAGCGGCGGGUGCGGGAAGGAUGUAUGCCACGAAUCCGAUGGGGCCAUCCUGGGAUUUGAUGCCGAUGACAGAGGAUAUGCGCCAAGCUCUAGGGCACCAGGUCCGCCAGGCAGACGCGCUGGCGUUCGCAUAGGGUUUGGGUCGGAGAAUGCAGCUGGUGCAUCGAGAGAAGAUUUGCUCGUGGAGGUCCGGCCGGUGCGAGCGGCGGGUGCGCCAACCGUGAAUGGGAGGAUGGGAGUGGGCGCGGGCUGACGUGCGCGGGCGCGGCGAACGAAAAGCCAGCGAAUGAGGAAGAGGCCGAUGAUAGCUCCGAUGAUAGCAAUGGCGACGCCGACGAUGAGACCCACAGGUGCCUUGUGUUGC